AUGGUGAAGUGGGCUGUGGAAUUAGGGGAGUACGACGUGGAGUAUGAGCCAAGGAUGACUAUUAAGGCGCAGGCCCUUGCGGACUUCAUUCAGGAAACUACUCGCCGCCCGGUACAAGAGUUCUGGAUAGCUUUUGUGGAUGGGUCGGUCACAAAGGAGGGAUGCGGAAUUGGUGUGCAUAUUAUUUCUCCAAGCUCGGAGGUAUAUCAAUUCGCCAUAAAAUUCACUUGCAAAUUGUCUAACAACGAGGCUGAGUACGAGGCUGUGGUCAGAGGGGCGCACAUUUUAUCAGAGUUGCGGGCCGAGUGCGUUAUCAUUAGAACCGAUUCCCAGUUGGUAGCUCAGCAACUAUCAGGGGCAUAUCAUAUCAAAGAACACCGGAUGAAAGCAUAUCACUGCAAAAUCAAUGAACUGAAGCAAAAGUUCAUGGAGUUUAAAAUCGAGCAGAUUUCCCGGGAAGAGAAUACGAAGGGAGACUUGUUGGCGCGAAUGGCCAGCGCAGUGGAACAAACAUGGAAUGAUGAGAUUACGCUGCUCUGCGACACCAGAGAAAUGGGGACUUCACAGGUCUUUUCAGUGGAAAUCCGGGAUGACUGGCGCGCCCCAAUUAUACACUUUCUUAAGACGGGGGAACGGUUGAGCAAAGAAUCUAAUCAGAGGGCUCGAUACGAGAAUUAUUGUUUGAUCAAUGAUCAACUGUACAAGCGAUCUUUUACCCAACCCCUGUUAAAAUGUUUAUCGCCUGAAGAAGCUAACUUUGCUUUAAAAGAAAUUCAUGCAGGUUGUUGUGGUGGACACACGGGAUUCAGGGAUCUCGUACAAAAAAUAAUUCGUGCAGGGUUUUAUUGGCCUAAUGUCAACAAGGACGCCAGGGAAUUCGUCCGCAAAUGCGAGGUUUGUCAGAGACAUGCUGGGAGAAUCAAUGUUCCUGGGAAAACCAUGGGGGUCAUGUAUGCCGCAUGCCCAUUUUAUAAGUGGGGUAUAGAUAUCGUCGGGAAGUUGCCACCGCACCAGGAGGCAGGGCAGAGGAUUGCUGAUUUCUGCGACCGAAUGGACAUCACCCAACGUUUCGUGUCUGUGGCUCAUCCACAAGCAAACGGGCAAGUGGAAUUAGCAAAUAAAUCAAUCUGCGAGGAAAUCAAGAAGCGGCUGAGUCAGAGCAGAGAGAAGUGGGUUGAGGAGUUGGACACUGUCCUUUGGGCCUACCGAACUAGCCCAAAGACAGCAACCGGAGAAGCGCCUUUCACCCUGGUAUACGGAUCUAAUGCAGUAGUACCGGCGGAGGCCAGACUGGAGUCAUACCGCAUCACCACCUACAAUACAGAGCAAAAUUCCGAACUCCGAAGAACAGAACUUGACCUUGUGGAAGCACAGAGGGACGAAACUCAAGUCAGAGCAGCGAAGUACAAAAGCAUCAUCAAGGCGGGAUACGACAAGCGGGUCAGAGCAAGGAAGCUAGCCAAGGGUGAUCUAGUCCACAAGAGGGCCGAUGUACUGAAGCCAGUGGGCAAGUUCGAGCCUAAUUGGGAGGGUCCCUUCAUCAUCACCGAUGUCCUGGGCGGCGGAGCGUACACUUUGUCGGACCCAGACGGCAGAGCCCUCCCCAAACCAUGGAAUAUCAAUACUCUGAAAAAAUUCUAUGUAUAA